UUAACAUUUUUUGCCCCGAUCAAUAAGGCUCUUGAAUGGCUCAAAGACAAGAAGAUUCCCAAGGAGGUUAUUCGUAGAGUUUUUCGAUAUCACGUUGUUAACACCGCUCUCCCGUAUAAAUCUUUGAUUGCCACCCGCGUUUUGGAUACGACACUAAAUUCAUCCGGACUCAAUGACGCACCUCAAAAAGUUCGCGUUGGCGGCUGGCCUCACCAUACUUAUAUAAACUGGUCAAAAAUUAAAAUCUACCGUCUCGCGGCUGGCAAUGGUUAUGCUUACGGAAUUGACCACAUUCUCAUUCCACCCCCAGACAUUAUGACCGAGUUAUUCAUCAUUCCAACAUUUUUCUCCACUCUAACAUCGGCGUUACAGAAAGUUGACUUGGCCGAGACUCUUGAAACGUCUAAAGCUAUUACAGUCUUUAUUCCAUCCAAUCGUGCCUGGGCUAAGCUGGGAUUUCGCAAUCUUGCAUACUUGUUCAGUCCGCGGGGAAAGGAUGCUCUGACUACCAUUCUCAAAUAUCACAUCUCGCCAGAGUUGGCUUAUAGUACUGACCUGAUAGGAGAUAAAGCAUUACCUGACCACCUUCCAAACAAGCACCACACCGAAUUGGAUACUCUAGCUGGAUUAAAACUGCAGAUUGAGGCGUCGUCCUACGGACAUAAAUAUGCAAAGAUAACUGUCAACGGCGUGCGAGUAUUGUUCAAAGACGUUCUUGCUAAAAAUGGGGUUGGUCACACAAUUGCGAGAGUUCUCUUGCCAAAGACUACUGACUUGUACCUGCCUGACGACAAUUAUCAAACAAUUGAAGAUGAAAGCGAACUAAUGGCAGAGAUUGACAUCAACGAGGAAAACGAGCAACUUUUCCAAUUAACCCGCAAAUCGAAGAAUCACGAGUCAAAAUUCGAACGAAGUACGCUCUACGAAACGGUUGAUAUAAUACGAGAAUGA